CAACGCUCGAGACCGAAAUAAUGCUCCCUCUGACCGCAUUCCUAAUUACUUCUCUCCUCGUGCUGUCCCAUGUAAAUUUGGCGUCAACUGCACGCUUUACCGACCAGCUGGGCUUUGAAAGUCCUCAGAAAGACCUACUGGAUUAUGAAGGCAAUUUCGACAACAUAAAAGAUAUUUCCUCGAAACCCAGAUGGUGGCGUGGCGCAAACAGCCAACAAUCCGAGACCCGUUACGCAGCCAGGCGUCGCCGAUUUUUCUGUAACCCCAUGGGGUGUGUCCCAACAGGUGGGAACUGAACGCGAGCAGAAAUAUUGGUGAUUUGUAAUCACACCUGAAUUCGUUGCAUCACCUCUUGAGCUG